AUGGUGUUAAGACCCUACGUUGUGGCCGUAGUAACCCAGAUCGGUGCUCUCUUCGCGAGCAAAAGCCACGGUCAUCAUCAGGAAUGGUCUCCAUCUCCUCAUCAGAAGGAAAUCCACCUUCAUAUACAUAAUCAGCACGGACAUGAGAAUCAUGAAGAACACGUACCCAUUACAUCAUGGAACAGAGAAGGUUAUGCAGCACAAGCCCUAAACUACAUCUACAAUCCGUACAAAGCUCAAGCUGGUCCUCAAACUAUAAGCACGCCAUUUGGGAAUUAUGUAAAAAUUGAUGCUACUUAGCAAAUUACAAUAUUUGUAUUUCACAAGUAUGUCUUUGCACAGGCAGGAGCACAUCAAACUUAAUAUAUUUGACUUUGGAGCGCUCUACAAGCGGUAUACAGUUGAAUUUAGAUCUUUAGGUGUCUAGCUUCUAGCUUGAUGGAGUUUUGACCUUUUACUGUUAAACUAAUAAUAGUUAGCAUGCUGUAUUUAUGUCCAAAGUAUACUGAAAGAUUCAAUAUGUUAA